CCACGCGACAUCAACUCGCAAUAACACCCACACCACCCCUCAUGCUAUAAACCAUCGUCCUUACAUCCUUAGACAACAGCGAACUGGGAAAUCGCCAACAUAUCCAAACCGUCACCCACACCCACAGAGCCAGACCGCACGGAGCUCCAAAAUGCUAACCUCCGGCCUAACCAACGCGCCCAUCUCCAAGGCGCUCCUCAUCUACACGAUCGCCGCCUCCGUCGCGCUCGCGAUCUUCGACAUCAAGCACCUAGCUUUGCUUCAAAUCACGCCGCACCUGUGGCCGUACGGCCAGUACUGGCGCCUGGCGGCGUGGCAGGUAGCGGGGUUCGGCAACUCGACGGAGGCGCUGUUCGCGGCGAUGCUGGCCUACCAUCUGCGGGUGGUGGAGCGGGCGUGGGGGACGCGGAAGAUGGGUGUACGUGCUGCAGAAAACCCCCCAGCACUUUGAAUAUCCUCCUCUUAAGCUUCGUUAAACGCUUGCGCCGUAUGAUGAUAUACUAACAAGUGUGAUACGGAAAAUGGGAUUAGACCUUCCUCCUCACCACCCUACCCUACACGACGCUCCUCCCGCCGCUCCUCCUCCUCCUGGUGCGCCCUCUCACGCUCGCGAAGCUGAAUGCACUUCCGUCGGGGCCCACGGCCACGCUCUUCG